AUGAAAUUAUUUCGCACAGGCUCUUUUCAGAUGAAGACCACCAUUAAUGAUGCGGCAACUUUGACAGAGAACACCCACGGAGCUCCCACUGCAACUUUUGAAAUAUUCACCGGAAACGACCUCCCAAGCCCCAAUAACAGAUUCCUCAUCGGUAUGGCAAAGAUGGAUGGACACGGCCGAUUAAUCCCUGUUGCAACGCUAAGACCAUGCGCUUUCAAGAUGCUUGCUUCCAAUCAAACGACAACACAGAUAAAGCCCAAAAUGAAGUUUUACAUUAGUCGGACCGAAUACCCAGCUAGUUUUAUAGUUGAUUUCACAUCUAUCUCUAGAAAUGCUGGUGUGGUCGACUUCGAAUCUGGUGAAGGUCGAAACAAACAUUUUGCGAUUGUCAGGUACACCAAGAAUGGGGACUUCCAAGUUGACUACCAUAAACAUUCGCUCGAGGCACAGGGAAAAGGGCUCGUGGAACGGGGCCUCAAAAAGCUCCAUCACUUGGUAGGCUUGGAUGACUAG